AUGUCUGUCCGUCUUAUUCUCAAAGGAUUGCUGUUCAUUAUGAACGUUAUCUACUGGCUUAUAGGUGGUGUAACUGCACUUACGGGCGGCUACCUCCUAACAGUCAAAGUACGAAUUUUGCGCCGUUACGUGGACCUGACCUUCGACCCUGCUGUCUUCUUCAUAGUCGUUGGCUGCCUGGUUUUCAUCAUAGCUGCACUCGGAUGCGUAGGAGCUCUGCGCGAGAACAAGAACUUCCUGUGUCUCUACGGAUUCUCGCUGUCCGCCAUCGCUGUCGCGGUCGUCCUCGUGGCCGUGCUCGCCUUCGUGUGGUCCACCUCGACGCCGCCAAAUAGAUCAGGUGUCGAGAAUAUCUUGAGGCGAGCCGUCGUAAUCUACAGGGAUGAUCCUGACAUGGAACACCUCAUCAACACGCUCCAGGCAUCGCUUCGGUGCUGCGGUAUCUCCUCCCGGGGCUAUCUGGACUGGCACCACAACGCGUACUUCCACUGCUCUCGGUGGAACCCGAGCCGGGAACGCUGUGGCGUGCCUUAUUCUUGCUGCAGGGAGCAGAGACGCCUGCCAAUGUGA